AUGAUCCGACAACAACAACAACAACAACAAGAGCAAAGAUCAUCUUCUCAUCUACCUGUUCUAUACAACCCACUACUAAAUUGCAUUUUCAACAAUCCCCAUCAUUCCAAAGCCCCCUUUAAAAGAACCAUUGAGGAUUUAAGUACCAAGCAUAACCAGUAUACUAUACUUCUACCUCCAGCAUACAUUUUAAAUGAGUUUCAUGAUCCAGCCUCUGACGACUCAAGCACAAAGGUGCUAUUAAAAACCUUAUGCUACAACAAUGAGGACUUUAUUAGGUCUCAUAUACUAAAGACGGGGGCGCCAGUCUCAUCAACAGUGACACCGAUUUCUAAAGAGCAGCUGAUUAUUUACAACACUAUGAAUGGGAAGCAAAUACUCAUCAAAAAUCAAAUGAUAUACACCGGGAAAGGGUUCAAACGCAGUCUUAAGUUGAAAAUUACAUCGGUGCUGUAUUUCAAAUCAUUUUGCGACUAUUUCCCCAAAGGAUCCCAGUUUAUGAUUAUUCAUAUUGAGAGCUCACUCAUUGGUGGAUCACCGCCCUUUAAACCACUACCGAGCUUGCCACCACCACCAGUUAGUUCCUCAUCGUCAACCAAGCCAGAAAAUGUGGCCAAUGUUACAUUUGAAAAAUUAUUGCGUAACUUUCCCCUUUUGUCCAAAGCAGUGAGUGACAAAUUUUAUCGACUAUUCCAUCAUAACAAUCGCCAAUUUCAUCAAUUAAGGACAAGAACGAGAAAGAAAUUGAGUCUUAUAAAAGGGGAGUUUACUAAAAUGCAAGAAGAAGCUUAUAAAAUUAUUCUGGAUAGUGUUCGGGUUGAAAAUCCAAAUAGCGAGCAAACAUACAACUUGUUAAAUCAUAUUGUUAGUACCUACCCUGAACUUGAUUUGAAUAAACUUGUUCAUGAAUACGUUGAAAUAAAUUUAUACGACCUAAUGUGGUCGCAAAUGAUUUUCCAAUUUAAUUACCCCAAUGAUGAUAAGCAAGAGUACGACCCAGAGGCAAUGAAAUAUCUUACGGCCUCUAAAUACGAAAGUCUUUCUUGCUUGUCGUUGAAUCAGUUGGACUUACCGGUUAGCAAACCGUGGUUGAUCAAUGAGCUACACCAGCGCAUAUACCUCGCAAUUCAGGAGUUUAAAAAGUUGUCGGAUUCGUCAGUAAUGAACCUGACCGUGAAAACUAGCAUUGUUUACAAAACCAUGGAAAUUCUUUCGCAAGCGAAAAAGGGCAGUGAGUUGGUUGUGGAUGCAGACACCUUGAUUGGAUUGUUGGUUAUGACAGUCGUCCAUGCCAAAAUUGACAACAUAGAAGCACACGUAUACUAUAUCAAAAAUUUCAACGCCAUUGACAGAACCAACGAUGGUCAGUUCAAUUACAUAAUAAGUAAUUUGGAUGCGGUCAUUUGUCAUUUGUCGGAGAGCGAUUCGUUGCAAUCGCUCGCCAUUAGCUCACAAGAAAACUUUGAUUUGUGGAGUGGUAUAGUGGAUCAGGAUGUGGAAAAAGUUAAGCAAAUUGUUUCAAAAGCUUGUGAGGAGUACCUGGGUACUGAUUUGCCUGCAAAGCACUGCUUGUUGAGUAAAAAUAUCAAUGGUGAAAGUGUAAUUGAUUUUGCAAUCAAGGCGAAGAACUAUGAAAUCUACAAUUUGAUAAUAAACACCUCCAUGCUGUGGUUUUCCAUUGAUUUUGUCCUAUUUGAUAAGAAUGUGAUCUCAAAUCAAAAUCUUUUCAUGACUGCGUUGAUCGAAGAAACAGAUGAUCAAAUAUUGGAUGAUCUUUUAGCGGUUGUUACUCAAAAUGCCACUAUAUGUGAACAAGUUGCCUAUUUUAACACUCCCGAUAAUACAGGGCGCACUAUUGGACAUUACUUGUUUCACAACCAUCACCUAAUCACCAGAAUUGGUCACUUGAUUGAUUGGGAGAUUAAAGAUCAUAAUUCACACACUCCUUUAUUCAGCUUGUGCCGUUGUUAUGACCACCCAAGCUAUCCCGAAUUGCUAGAAGUGGGGUUCAACGCGGUUUACAAGAAAUAUGGUAAAAAAGGUAUUGAUUUUGAUAAGCAUAUGGAUAAGUCAGGGAACACAUUACUACACAUCAUCCUCAUGGGACUACCACAGACGCAAAUUUUAUCUAAAGAAGAGAAUUUGGUGAAUCUCAAUUCAACGAAUGCGAAAAAUCUCACUCCAUUGAUGUUGUAUGUCAAGUACAGUCGUUUGGAAAAUCUAUGCAACAUUUUGAAAGACGACCGGCUUGAUUUCCUACAUGAAGAUCACAAGACUUUCUACAAUGUAUUUGAUUAUUUGAGUUUUGUUAGUACUAAAUCAUCAACUUCAAAAGAGUACAGAAAGAUUGAAAGACUUAUUGUUGAUCAUUAUUUUCAGAAUUUUUUUCCUGCUAAUAGACCAGAUAAGCUUGCCGCUUUCAAUGGCAAAUUUGACUCUAAUUUAAAAGAAUGGGUAAUUCAUUUGAGAAAUGAAGAUUGCAGAUCCAAACCACAGUCUUUAAGAUCGAUAAAGCAAGUGUUGUAUGUCGAGAAAUUACAACGGCCAAUGUCUAUAUUUCCUGAUGCUGAUCUCAUUUGGCGCAAUCAUGCAAUGAAUGUUUCGACAAGUCCAAUGUUUCAAAAAUUGAGAAUAAACAAGUUAAUAGCCCAGCUCAAUGUUUUGUUUCAAAGCAUGAUGUUUCAAAAUGACGUCAAUCCAGAACAACUAUUCACUACGUUCCUAGGAGACAUCUCUCACAACUUGUCCGUCUUGGAGCAAAAGCAAGUGAUUCUGGCAGUUAUUGAAUCGCAAAAGCAGGACUAUGGUCAGGUCAAGUUGAAAUUCAGCAACAUUCAGGAGAUGGAGUUUUUCCUUGACUUUUCGUUUCAAGAUGUCAAGAAACACGGGUCACUUUUCAACAAAUUUGCUAAAUUAGUUUGUAUUGGGGAACACAAACAAUUGGAUUUGAGAAAUGUUGAGGAUUUAUCAAUGAGUCGUAUAAAUGAACGGGCAUUCUUUUCGAAAAUGUUUAAUAUACCUGAGUAUCAUUAUCAACAGUGCAGUCUUGGUGCUUUAGCGCAAUAUGUUGUAUGGCUCGAUAUGAUUGGAGAUGAGUUGUUGAAGCAUUUUCAAAAAAUUCAUCUGGAUGUGAACGCUUGGAAGAAGUUGUAUCAUGAGAUUUGUAACAUCAAUCUGGAAUUAAGAUCAAUGGAACCGACACCCGAAACAAAUGUUCCUAAUGGGGUCCCACAAGAGGGGAAUCAUCAAGGAGAAGCCGAAAAUCUUCAUCGUACUGGAACAAACAGCUCUUUAUUUUCAACUUCCACCCAUACCCAUGCUGAACUGAUACCUGACGAAAGUGAGGGAUUGAACCUUUUUGGUCUUGGAAGCAGCAAACGAAAUCGAUAUAAGAAGUUAGUCGUUUCAAAAGCGGAUUUGGUAAAGCAGAUUAUGAAGCUGAACAUUGACCUCAAAUGGGAAUACGAAAUAAUGGCUACCCAGAUUUCAAACUUUUUAACAUUUCGAACUCAAUUCUUGAAGUUUGGCUUAUCGAUUUAUGUCAAGGAAGAGAUUCGGUGUUUGAAGCAAAGACAAUUGGAGUUGAGCAAAUACUUGUAUAGAGUAAAAUAUAGGUAA